UGGAGUAACAAAACUGACCAAACUCUUAAACCCUCGCUCGCACUCUUCUCUUUCUCUCUUUCGUGGCUAAGGUCUAAGAGAGGCGCCGAUGGGGAGCUGAAUUCACUAACCUUGCAGUUCUGAACAAAUCUCAAGUCAUGUUUACGGCUUCAACUUUUUCUCAGCUUCUUUUCAUUCCCAGAUGCGAGUCAAGUUUGUCAUUUCACUGCUACCCAUACCUACGCUUAAACCAACAUCAGGAUCUUAAACUACACAAUAAAUGGGCUGUUAAAGCUAUUUCUAAGAGGAAAGUUUCAGAUAGCUUAGCACAAGAUGGACUCAAUGACCAAGAGAUUGCGAAAAAGAAGAGUCCUAGAACACCUAGAAGCACCACCAAAAGAACUAGAAAGAAAGCUUCAGAAGAUGCUCCGAACCUAAAGGAUGAAUUACUAUCUUCAGUGAACGAGACUGAAGUUGAGGAAAACAUUGUUAAUGCAUCUGUUGAAGAUUCUAAGACAGCCUCGAGAAUGUCUCGAAGCAAAGCUGCAUCUACUUCAACUAACGUGGACGAUGAUAAACCUGUGACGAAAAGGCGAGGGAGGAAGCCAAAGAAGAAGGAUAACAGUAUGGAGCUUCAGUUAAGUGAAUCUGAAGUAAGUGAUGAAGAAAAUUCCUCUCUCAUUGUUAACGAUGUUGAUGAGAGUGACGAGGAAUUAGAUUUCGGUACUGAUGAGGGAGAUGAUGUUAGUAUCACGUACGGUUGGCCUCCUCUUGUUUGUUGCUUUGGAGCUGCACAACAUGCUUUUGUGCCUUCAGGAAGGCCAGCAAACAGGCUUCUCGAUUAUGAAAUUCAUGACAGAAUGAAAGAUGCAAUAUGGACCCCGGAAAAGUUCGUUCGGGCACCUGGGGGGUCUGCAGGAAGUGUAGCAAUUGCCCUUUCAAGCUUAGGUGGAAAAGUUGCUUUUAUGGGAAAACUUGGGGAUGAUGACUAUGGUCGGGCAAUGUUGUAUUAUAUGAAUGUGAACAAUGUCCAGACUCGAUCAGUUCGAGUUGAUAGUAAGCGGGCAACAGCUACAUCACAGAUGAAAAUUGGCAAGCGGGGUCGUUUGAAAAUGACUUGCAUCAAACCUAGUGCAGAGGAUUCGUUGUCAAAGUCAGAGAUUAACAUAGAUGUGUUAAAGGAGGCUAAAAUGUUUUACUUCGGUACACAUUCCCUCCUGGAUCAGAGUAUGAGAUCAACUACAAUGAAAGCUAUUAAAAUCUCCAGAAAGUUGGGGGGAGUUAUUUUUUAUGACUUGAACCUUCCGUUACCGCUCUGGAACUGUCGUGAUGAAACAAAAAAGUUCAUUGAACGAGUCUGGAAUCUUGCAGAUAUUAUUGAGGUCACGAAGCAAGAGCUCGAGUUCCUUUGCGGGAUCGAGCCAUUAGAGGAAUUCGACACCAGAAACAACGAUAGUUCAAAAUUUAUCCACUAUGAACCAGAAGUUAUUAAGCCACUUUGGCAUGAGAAUCUCAAGGUCUUGUUUGUUACUAAUGGUACUUCUAAAGUGCACUACUAUACAGAGGAGCAUGAUGGUGCUAUUCUUGGAAUGGAGGAUGCCCCAGUUACGCCUUUCACUUCUGAUAUGUCAGCAUCAGGAGAUGGUAUUGUUGCAGCUCUAAUGAGAAUGUUAUCAGUUCAGCCUCAUUUGGUUACUGAUAAGGGAUACUUGGAGCACUCAUUAAAGUAUGCGAUCAAUUGUGGCGUAAUCGACCAGUGGUUACUUGGCCGAACACGUGGCUAUCCUCCUGAAGACGAUACAGAAGAAGUGACUGCCGAUGACAAUGGCAUACGGUCAAUUACCGAAGUCGAAUACCGCACGGUUGCCACUGUAAGUUAGCUUUAUUGUGGCCACUGAUGGAUGUAGAUUAUUUGUUGUAUGCCAUAGAACAGGAGUAUCUGCUUCCUUAUCAUCAAGCUGCUAUGAGAAAAUAUGUCUUUUCCCACUCGACUUACCUAUAAUUUAGCUUUAUUGCAAUAGCAAUCUUGUACUCUAGGCUGGGAUGUUCUGUUCCCAGUGAAGAAGAGUGUUUGUAGACCAAUUCUUUCAACAAAAGAGCAAUUUUGUUAAACAA